AUGGACGGAGAUCAAACUGUGUUCACAGAUGCUAAUCGCCUACGGCAGCAUGAGGCUCAGCAUGGGGUGACCAGCUUACAGUUGGGUUACAUAGACAUCCCACCACCAAGACUUGGUGAAAAUGGGGUGCAUGGUCAGGACAGUCCUGAUGCCCCCCGAAAGAGGAGCAGGAUAAGGAAGCAGGUGACCAGCCUACAGUUGGGUUACAUAGACAUCCCACCACCAAGACUUGGUGAAAAUGGGGUGCAUGGUCAGGACGACCCUGACGCCCCCCGAAAGAGGAGCAGGACAAGGAAGCAGGUGGCCUGUGAGAUCUGUGGCAAGAUUUUUCGGGAUGUGUACCACCUGAACCGGCACAAGCUGUCACACUCCGGCGAGAAGCCAUAUUCUUGUCCAGUGUGCGGGCUGAGGUUCAAGCGGAAAGAUAGGAUGUCCUAUCAUGUUCGGUCUCAUGAUGGCUCUGUGGGAAAGCCCUACAUUUGCCAGAGCUGUGGAAAAGGUUUCUCCAGGCCAGAUCACUUGAAUGGGCACAUCAAACAAGUGCACACGUCGGAGAGACCUCAUAAGUGUCAGACGCCGAGUGGGGAAGGAAGUCCUCUACAGAGCCAGCAGGAAAAUGGCAGCCACCAUGGAAUAAGCUCAGAGACAUCCACAGCCAUAGAAAAGUUGAAACUUCAAGAGACUUGUAAUGCCUCCUUUGCCACCCGUGACCGACUGCGCUCUCACCUAGCAUGCCAUGAAGACAAAGUUCCAUGCCAGGUGUGUGGAAAGUACCUGCGGGCAGCGUACAUGGCAGAUCAUUUGAAGAAACACAGUGAAGGACCAAGCAACUUCUGCACUAUCUGUAACCGAGGUUUCUCCUCUGCCUCCUACUUAAAGGUCCAUGUUAAAACCCACCACGGUGUUCCCCUUCCCCAGGUCUCCAGGCACCAGGAGCACAUCCCGAAUGGGGGAGCAGCGUUCCACUGCGUCAGGACCUAUGGCAUCAAAGAAGGCCAGAAAUGCUCACAUUCGGACCCGAUUGAGAGCUCUGAUUCCUAUGGAGACCUCUCUGAUGCCAGUGACCUCAAGACUCCUGAGAAACAGAGUGCCAAUGGGUCGUUCUCCUGCGAUAUGGCAGUCACCAAAAACAAAAUGGAGCCGGAGGGAGAGAAGAAGUACCCCUGCCCCGAAUGUGGCAGCUUUUUCAGAUCCAAGUCUUACCUGAACAAACAUAUACAGAAAGUCCACGUCAGAGCCCUUGGGGGCCCAUUGGGGGACCUGGGUCCUGCUCUGGGGUCCCCCUUUUCACCCCAACAGAACAUGUCUCUUCUGGAGUCAUUUGGGUUUCAGAUCGUCCAGUCAGCAUUUGCAUCAUCCCUGGUGGAUCCAGAGGUCGACCAGCAACCAAUGGGGCCAGAGGGGAAAUGAGACCCAUUUAACCUUAACCAAUCAAAGCAGCUGUCUGAUUAUACCUAUAAGACGCUGUGAAUGAGAGAAGAAAUAAUGAAAUUUGCUUCUAUAGUUGAGAAAUUUGUAUUCAUUUUAGCUCCCUUCCCUGUCUACUUCUCCUUAGACCUUCUUUAGGGAAAAGAAGGCUUCUUGCCUGACGAUCUGCAGAAAAUCUGCAUGACCCUGAAUGAAAGAUGUGACCUAAAGUAUCACAUGGAGUGCCAGAGUUCCAGUGUGGUCUUUUUAAAAAGAAAUAAAAGCCACCAGUGGUGGUCAGAAUUGUAAACCACACUA